UGGGCGGGGUCAAUCGGUGAUCAAGAAGGCCGAUGGCCUAGGGGCGGGCCCGCCAUUGCACUUCGGCCGGCCCUGUCCCUAGCACGCCGGAACUCCCGGUGAUGCACGUCAUAAUUUGUGGCAGAGGGGGCUCGCGAGGACUCAGGGCUCGCGGGUGCCCUGUCGUGCACCUGUCGCGCCCUGUCGCACCCCGUCGCACAUCCGCAACUAUCUAGGGUUCACCAUAGCUCCUAGGACCAAGUCCCACCCGAGUGCACACGUGGCUAGAAGCAGGAGUUCGUAUCGACUGGAUCACUUUUGCCCUAGAACUUCGCCAGGAGCAACACGGUAGAUGCUUCCAUUCUCCUCGACUUCCCUAGAGAGUUUUCGUAGUUCGUUCUUAGCCUAGGAACUGUCACAGGGCCUAGUCACAGAGCGUAGACACUACUGUGCGACUCUCUUUCUCGGUGACAUAGAACCUUUUUGUGCUUUUGAGAAUUCUCAAAAACAGAACACACCCAAUCGGGAGAUUUCCCCAUGACGCUCGCUUUGGUGUUUUUUUCUCGGGUGAUUCCUUCUAAGCCUCUCCUCCAAUCGCGUUGGCCGCAUCUGACUUGCUUCUACCCUACUUAGCAUCGACGACCGGCGUAAAUAUCGUCGUCCAAAAGUAACUAACUCCGCGACCGUUAGUUGAGCCAUGGAGAUUCUUCCGCCGUCAACAACCCGUCAGCCGGCCAUCCCAGGCCGGCCGGAGCAAUCUGAGGAGUACGCAUGGGUGCCAGGUUUAAUCGACGCAGCGACGAUCGAAAAACUCGAACGCGUGGGGAUGGCAUGGGGUCCGUUGACGGGCCUCCCGUGGGGAGCUCCCAUCCCUCUGCUUCUCCUCACAGCCUUCUGCACCACUUUGCACCGAUACAACCCGCGGCGGCGGGAUUUCCCCGUGGGAGUGUCGUUCGGGUGGUACAUACUGCAGGCGGAGGACCAAGACGACGAGCCGCCGCCCGCGGAAGCGCAAAAGGGUGGCGGAGGCGGAGGCGGGGGAGGUGGCGGAAGGGGACACGGGGAUGCGGGCGCUGGGGGUCACCGCCAGUCGCUUUUUUCCGAUAGUGAGUACUCCGAUUCGGAAUUCGAAUCGUCGCGCCAGGCCACCCGGCUGUCCGCUAUUGGAGGCGGCGGAGGCGGCGGCGGAGGCGGCGGAGGAGGAGGAGCGCUGGCAGCAGCGGCACGGACGGCCUACCAGUCAUCAGCAGGACCGGGAGGGGCGGUAGGAGGGGCGGUAGGCGGGGGGGUAGGCGGGGCGGUAGGCGGGGGGGUAGGCGGGGGCAUUCCCCAGGGAAUGCGGCCUAGCGGGCUGGCAACCGGCCUCCUAUCGACCAUGGUAGGCGCCAUGGCCGGGGGAGGGGCGAAACCCGUAGCAGCAGCAGGGGCAGGAGCGUCUGCGAAGCCCGCGGGGGGCGGGCUCAUGCGGCUGUGGCAGGGGGGCAAGCUGUACGAUGCUCCGCCGUCCGGGCAAGAUCUCAGGGUCAGCUGGCGCGCCAACGGGCUGUUCCACGACACUAUAUCGGACGCGAUGAGCUCUAUAACGAGUUUUUCCGCUGUAGGAGAGGAGGACGAGGAUCAGCUGCUUGUAGUGAAUGUAGAAAUGGACAAUCUACCAGCCCGGGCGCAACAGCCAGAGAGUGCGCUACUCCCUCCCGCCGCCCCUGGCGCGGUUCCCCGCCAGGGCAGUCUGGGGGCGGCGGGACUGCCGUCUAUGGGGCUGGCGAAGCAGCACAGCUUGAAAUCCGACCCUGGGACUGUGGCAGGGGCAGGUGGAUCCGGGGCGGGGGUAUCUGGAACGGGCGGGGCAGGUGUCGGGGCGGGUCGUUCUGACAGGGACGUGACGCUGCUUGAGAUGUUAGCCCACGUGGGGUCGAGACUGUUCGAAGCCGUUGGGAGCGCGGAGGAGGGAGGCGGGGGAGCAGGAACAGGGGUGGGUCAUAGUGGUGGGCUGGAUAUACCCACGAGGGAGCACAGCGGGAGCUUGGCUAGGUCGUUGGGUACGGGAGGAGGGGGAGGAGGGGGAGGAGGGGGAGGUGAGGGGCGGGGUGGAAGGGCGGGAGGGAGGAGUGGCUUGACGGGGGAUGGGUCGUCGGACGUGGAUAGGGAGAGCGUGGGGCGGGGGACGGCUCGAUCGGCGUCGACAGCAAGAAGCAGGGUAGCAGCAGCGAGUGCAGCAGCAGUGGCUAAAGGCUUCCCGGCAUUUUUCAAGUACUUUGCGUAUGGGAUAGACAGGCAGACGAUCGAGGAGGAAGGGGAGGAUAUUCCGUCGUGCGGACUUGCCGGGUUGUUUGUCCCGGGGUCGAAGAAAAAAGCGGUGCUGAUUCGGUGGAGGUAUGACGUGUCUAAGUACGAUGAAUCUACCGUGGCGCGGUUAAGCGCGAAUUUUUGCUUCCUGGUGGAGCGGAUUGCAUCUCUGCCGUCCAUUGAGGCGCUGCCGAUUUAUUACCUGCCUGUGCUGACCGACGCGGAAAGGGAGCAGCUAGAGGACAAGUUUUCCGGGCGGCUGGUGCCGCACGCGUUCUGGCUUGAGGAGGAAGAAGGGAGGAAGCUUCUGCUGGACGUGGGGGCAUAUAGGGAUGGGAGGGGGGUGGGGAGAGGGGGUAGGGAUAAGCUUAGGGAAAAGGAUCGGCUCAGGAGGAAGAAGAAGCAAGAGGAGGAAAGGAGAGAGGGUGGGGAAGGUGGUGGGGAGGCGGGAGGAGAUGGGGCGAUUCUUGCAGUGGGUGACGAAGCUGAAGCAAGGGCAGUAGCGGCGGCAGCAGGAGCAGGAGGAGCAGGAGGAGCAGGAGGAGCAGGAGGAGCAGGAGGAGCAGGAGGAGGAGCAAUAGGAGUAGGAGGGGGGGCAGCGGAGGGGAAGAGCGACCACAGGGGAGCAAGUGCAGGCAUUGCAACGGUUGCUGCUGCUGCUGCGGCUGCUGCUGCGGCUGCUUCGGUUGCUACUGCUGCAGCUGAUGCUGCAGCCCCCCCUCCCCCUCCCCCUUCCCCCGGGGGUGCCUCGUCCGCCGCCCCUUCUCAGGUGGGAUCUAGCGCCAGAAGGGGGACAGGGGGAACAGCAGGCGGGGGCGGAGGCGGAGGCGGAGGUGGAGGCGGAGGAGGGGGAGCGGGGGUAGCAGGGGCAGCGGGCAGUGUGGUAACAUCGGGGUUUGACACGGUUACAGAUCUAUCGGAUGCAGCGCCGGGCAGUGCAGGCAGGGGAGUGAGGGGCAGGGGCAAGGGGCCGAACGUGCGGGACCGCACGCUGGUGGACGUGUUUGAGCGCCAGGUGAAGUGUAAUCCCACGGCCACCGCGCUGCUGCUGCUGCACGGGGGGAGGGAGAGGGGAAGAGGGGGGUCAGGAGGAGCAGGAGGAGAAGAAACAGGAACCGGAGGGGUAGCUGCAGCAGGGGUGGCAGGGGCAGGGGCAGCAGCGGGAGGAGAGAGAGGAGGUAGAGCGGAGGGUAAGGGAGCAGUCAGAGAGGCAGUGUCGUACAUGCAGCUCCAUGCACGCGCGCUGCUCAUUGCCAAAUUCGUUGCCAAGAAGCUCCCUCGCCCCGCCCUCAUCCCGGCCUCCCACAGGGGCAGCAGCCACAGCACCCCUGCCGCCACCCCCACUGCUGCUGCUGCUGCUGCUGCUGCUGCUGCACCAGCAGGAGGCACUGCAAAAGCAGCAGGAGGGGUGGGGGCAAACAUAGCAGCGGCGGCAGCAGCAGCAGUGGGAGCAAGCAGGGCGCGACCGGAGGUACAGCUGGUGGGGGUGUGUAUGGGGAGAGGGGUCGACUGGGUGGCGGCUAUUCUAGGGAUUAUGAUGGCUGGGAGGGCGUAUGUGCCAUUGGAUCCCUCCCUGCCACGUGGCAAGCUGGAGGAGAUAGUAGAGGAGUCGGGGAUCAUGCUCGUGCUCACGUCGCGCCACCUGGCGGACGCGCUGCAGUGGAUGACGCCGCGCUCGCCACGUGGCGCUGCCACAUCAGCGUCAGGGCCGGGAGGGCCGAAUCAGGUAGGGCCGGAGCAGGAACCUCAGCAGCAGCAGCAGCAGCAGCAGCAGCAACACUGGCGGCAUCAGCACCAUUUGAAGCAUAAACGGGCGGGAAGUUCAGGGAAAGCAGAAUCAAGAAGUGAGUUUGGUGCCAGUGAAAGUAACGGUGCCAGGGGCAAUGCUACAGCCUCUUUCCCCAGCAGCACCAGUGUGGGUGGUAGCAACCAGAGUAAUACUCCUACAGGGGAGACACGGUUCUCCCGGCCAUUGCCCGUGUGGGCAGUGGAGGAGGUCAUAGAGGGGGAGCUGGAGGAAGAGCGGGCAGAGCGGGCUCUGCUAGGGGACUGGGGAAGGGACGGCCCUGGCAGCACUGAGGGGGGGUCAGGCAGAGAGGCAGGCGCAGGUGCAGGGGGAGGGGGAGGGGGAGGGACUGGGGGUGGAGUGAGUGCAGGGGUGAGCGCAGGGAUGGAAGUUUUAGCUGGGUUGCGGCCGAGGGCGAGUGGCACGUGCUGCGUGGCGUACCGGGAGGAUGAGAUGGGGCGGGUGAGAGGGGUGGUGUUGCAGCACCAAGGCGUGGUCAACAUGGUGCACUGCUUCCGACACAGGCUGCCCACCGUGCCCUGCUUGGCCUCCGCGGCUUCUCUACCCACCGCUGCUGCCGCCGCCCGGCCUGUUUCCCCCACCGCCCGUGCUCUUCCUGCCUCUGCUGACUCUGCUGCUGCUGCUGCCCCUGCCGCUGCCCCUGCUGCCUCUGCUGCCACUGCUGCUACAGACGCUGCUACGGCUGCUACAGCUGCGGCUGCUGCUACAGCCGGUGCGACCCCGCCUGUGGACGUGCGUGCACAGGUCUCCCCCGCCCACCUGCCCUCACACCUAUUUGAGCUUUUCACCGCCUUUGAUGUCGGCGCUGCUGCUGCCAUCUGCCCCUCGCCCCUCGAACCCCACUUCGCUUCCACUCUACCUUACACCGAAUCACCUUAUGGCGGGGCAGGGGCUGCUGCUGCUCAUGAUUCGGCUUCUGCCCAGGCCCAUGCGCAAGCCUGUGCGGAACUUUCCUCUGUAGCUUCCCUCCUGGGCGUCUCAGGCCUGCUCACGCUGCCAAGUGUCGCGAUCUGGUUGGAGCCCCGGGCCCUGCCGAACCUGCGCUGGGUGGCCUUCUCUGGCGAGCCCGUACCUAGAGCUCUGGUUUGGCGCUGGCUCCGGGCCGGGCGUGUGGUGGUGGAUAUUUACGGGGCUGUUGAGUGCUCCCUUGCUGCCACGUGUGCAGUGUGGAGGCCGGGUGACAGGGUGGCGGAUACGAUUGGCCGGCCGCUGCCAGGUGUCCACGUGUACAUUCUCGGCCCGAAUCUCGAGCUGCUGCCGAUAGGAGCAGGCGGGGAGGUGUGUGUUGCAGGGGUACACGUGGCGAGAGGGUAUUGGAGGAGACAGGGGGAGACGAGGCAGCGGUUUGUAAGCAACCCAUACGGCAUGGGAGUGCACGAUAGGAAGCUCUUCCGCUCAGGGGACAGAGCCAGGUGGUUACCAGACGGGUGUAUCCAGUUCCUAGGGCGGCUGGAGCAGCAGGUGUAUAUAAGAGGGUUAUCGGUGGAGCCUAUACAGAUAGAGGAGGCGGCUACUAAGGUGGAUGGAGUGGCUCGCUGCCUGGUGGCUUUCAGAGUGCACGACCCUGGCAGGCAGCCGUACCUUGCUGCCUACCUGCUGCUCAAACCGUCUCUUGCUUCUGCCACCGCUGCUGCAGCCACAGCUGCUGCCACGGCUGCAGGAACAGCUGCGGCAGCAGCUGCAGCAACAGAAGCAGGAGCAGGGGUGGGGGCAAGGGGAGGUGGGCAUACCCCAGCACAGCAGGUGUUGGCAUGGCAGCAUCUGGCAGCAGUGGUGCCUAAGAAGGUUAGGGACUACCUCAGAUCCACCCUCCCCCCGCACGCUGUCCCCUCAGCCAUCCACGUCAUUCACCACCUCCCCUGGACCAAGACAGGCAAGGCCGACCGCUCGCGGCUCCCUCUGCCGCCCGCUGACUCUUUUUUUGUCUCUUGUGACGAGGACAGUUCUCUGGGCGGCACUGGGCUGGCAGUGGGCGGCGGGGAGCCUCUGGAGACUGCGGAAGAGCGGGCAGUUGCAGUAAUUUUUGCCGAGGUGCUGCCCGGGGUGGAGGCGGGCAGGUUGCGGAGAAACUCAAACUUUUUCGAGCUGGGAGGAAACCUGUUUCUUGCAGCGCAGGUGGUUGCAAGGUUGUUGGACUCUAUCGAAAGUUCUGUUAAGGAGAGUGGGUGUAGCGGGGGGGAAGGGGGCAGUGGUGGUGGUGCUGCUGCUGCUUCGGCGUGUACCACACAGGGGAAGAAAGGUGGAAAAGGGGAGGGAGGGGGAAAGGGAGGGAAGGGGAGAAAGAGAGGGAGCAAAGGCAGCAAUGGGAGUGUGUGCGGGGAUUCAACCCUUGCUGGUGAGGCCACAGGGAGGGAAGGCGGAAGAGGAGGAGAGGGGCAAGGGGCGGAGUUUUACAGGCCGGGGUUGACCCUGCGAGACAUGUUUAGUGCGCCAACUGUCAUGGGGGUCGCUGCUGCCCUGCACCGCGCUGCCACUGCUGCUGCUGCUGCCGGUGCUGCUGCUGGGGCUGGUUCUGGUGGUCGAGGUGGUGGUGGUGCUGCUGGUGGUGCUGGUGGUGGUAGGUUAGCUGGCAUUGCGAGUGGAGAGCGCUUGGAGCUCGACAGGGGGUUGGACGAUAGUGGUGGGGAGGAGGGGGAGGAGGAGGGGGAGGAGGAGGGGGAGGGGGAGGGGCUCGGAAGGGGGGCGUUAGGUAGGGACAGGCAGCUACGCCUGGCCCCGUUCGCUUCACCAGGGGCUGCUGCUUCUGCUGCUGGUGCUGGCGCUGGUGUUUCUGCUCUUCCGAGUGCGGGUCCUGCUGGUUCGGCUGGGUCGGCUGGUGCUGCUAGUGCGGAUGGGGCGGGUGGAGUGGUGGGGGUGCCGCUGUCCGAGGCUCAGGUGCUGCUGUGGAUGGCGUAUCAUGCCAUGCCGCAGCCGCAGCUGCUCGAUACAUGCCAUGUGUGGCGCCUGCAGGGACCGGCCAACUUCCCUCGCCUGCAGCGGUCAUUACAGGCUCUGGUGGUGCGCCAUGCCGCCCUGCGCUCUCGCUUCGUCGUGUGGCGUCACGGCAAGCAGAGCAGCAGCAAGAACAAGCAGCAGCCGGGGCGUGGCAGCAGCAGCAGCAGUGUGCAGUCCCUGCGGCUGAAAGGAGCUGUCAUGGAUGCGGCGAUCAACUCAUUGCGAACCGAGCUCACUGCUGCUGCUAACGCCAGUGGUGGUGCUGCUGGUGCUGGUGGUGGUGCCGGUGGUGGUAAGGGGAGGAGCGGGAGGCAAGGCGCGAGAGGGGCAGGAGGAGGAGGCGGAGGGGGGGGGGCAGCAGGAGUAGCACGAGCAGCAGGAGCGAGUGUAGCAGGAGGUGGUGGCGCGGACAGUAAGGGAGGAGGGGGGGGAGGGGGGUUUGUGUAUCGAACGCUCGCUGGUUUUUUUGCCCCAAGCCUCUUCGCUCCGAGCUUCUGGAAGACAGCGGACAGUGUGCUCGAGUGUGUCACCCAGAUCUAUACCCAUCCCUCCCGUACGCCUUUCAAGCUCGCCCUGGUUGACAUCUCGGGGGCGAAGUACUCCAAGCGUAGCAGGCUUAUAGCGGGGAUAAUUGCAGAGGCCAGGCGGCCGUUUUGUUUGAGGACCCCAGAGGAGGUGGCUGUACAGCUGGUGAUGGCGGGGAGGGGAGGGGUUGGGGGGGUUGGGGGGGUUGGAGGGGGUGGGGGCGGUGGGGGUGACAUGGGGGGGAUGAUAGGGAAUGGGGGGGGAGGGAUGGGUGUAACAGAAACUGGACUUUUCGCAGCAGCAGCAGCGGCAGCAGCAGCAGGAGCAGCAGGAGCAGGAGGGAGAGGAGGGGUGAUUGGGGCAGGGAGUGCUGCGGCUGCUGCUGGGAACACUGCAGGCGGCGAUGCAGCAGCAGCAGCAGCAGCAGCAGCAGCUGAGGGGGAGAGUCUGUUUCGAGCGACUCUGAUCCGCCUGAGUGCCACAGAGCAUUCCUUGGUGCUCGUGUGGAACCCCCUUAUCUUCGAUGGGGUCUCGUCGUCCCUCUUCUACUCCGACCUCCUCCAGGUUUACAAGGCGGGCGGCUCGGCGGCUGAUCUCCCUGCUGUCGCCAGCUACGCGGAUUUCGUCCUGUGGGAAAGGGACAACCUGGCGUGUGCCGGGCACAGGGAGUGGGACCUGGCGUUUUGGAAGCAAGCGGUGGGUGUACCUCCCCCGAAACUACCUGCCCAGCUGCAACCCAAGGUAGAGGAGCUUGGCGGAGGAGGAGGGCGAACAGGCAGAGGGGCAGCAGGAGCAGGAGCAGGGGGAGCAGCAGCAGCAGCAGCAGCUGCAGGUGCAGCGGCAGUGGCAGCAGGGGGCUUGGCUCUGGCCGUGAGAAGGGGACAUGCCGAGGUGCAGAUACCAGCCAGCACCAGGCGAAGAAUCGAGACCUACGCGUUCCACCGGGGGGCUACUCUCGCCAUGGCCCUUCAAACCCUGCUCCACACCUUGCUACACCUCUGGACCCACCAGGACUCCGUUGCGGUCGCAGUCCCCUUCGCUAGGCGACAGAUUCUGCCGCUCCAGGCGGUGAUAGGGCGGUUCUCGGACCUGCUCCCUGUGGUGACUGACAUGAGAAAACACCUGAGCCCGCCCCUGGUGGUGGCGGGGCGGCUGCGGUCUUUCACGUCCUCCCUCAGUAGAGCCUCCUCAUGUGUAUCGUCUCGAUGUGUGUCGCCCUCCACCUCCCGCCCACACACUGCUGUCUCCCCUCGCCUCUCCGCGUCUUCUGCUGCUGGUGCUGGUGGUUUGGGUGGGCCUGGUUCGGGCUUCCGACCCUCCAGCCGCGGAGGCCGGAGCUCGGGUAAGGCCGAGGGGGACAGGCCAGGGUCGGCAGGGGGAGGAGGUUACUGUAGCAGUGGAGAGGAGAGAGAAGACGGGAGUGCUUCUGGCACUGCUUCUGGUGCGGCUGGUGUGGCUGGUGUGGCUGGGGGGUGUUUGCGCCCGGGGCUGCAAGGGAGGAAGGGAGAUGGAAGGAGAGGAGGAGGCAGCGGGGGAGUGGCGGGAAGAAAACUGUGCCUACCCAGUGAGGUGCAUGCCAUUGGCGAUGCGGACACCCCGCCUCUACCCUCCCCUCGCUCCUCCCCUGCUCCUACUGCCCCCACUGCCCUCACCGCUCCCCCUGCUCUCACCGCCCCCACUGCUCUUACCGCUCCAGUCAAUGCUGCGGCAGCUCUAAGGCAAAACGCGGUUGCUGAUGCGGAUGGGGGGGCUUUAAGUGGGGAGAAGCCAGCAGGGAGUGCUGCUGCUGGGGCAGGAAUGGUUAAGGAGGGGCAGGAGUUUGUGCAAGGGAGUGGGGGCGUGGGGAUAGGAACGGACGUUUUGUCGCUGGCUGCGGCUGCUGCUGUGGCUGCUGGUGCUGGGAGGGGGGUACGAGGGGGGGAGGGUCGGGAAGCGGGGAGUGUUGGACUGGUGCCGGGCCAGCAGGCAGGGAGGGUAAAAGAGAAGGGGUUGGAAGUGAAAGGCGGAGGGAAAGGAGGGGAGAAGGGAGGGGGGAAGGGUGGGGCUCGGACGAAUGACCAGUGGCGGUCUGCAGGAGUGUCGUUUGAGCAGCUGCUCUUCCAGGUGCGGGAGCACACCCUCCAGGCCCUGCAGCAUCAAUCCAUCUCCCUUCGCCUCCUCUCCUCCGCCGUCCACCCGGCCACCCCGGACCCCUUCGCCUCCCCGCCGGCCAUCGCCUCCUUCGCGCUCACUCACCCUGGCACCGACUCCCCCCCGAACCUGCUCCCCCUGGAGGACUCCCUAGUAGGGGAUCUAGACCUGCAAACAGCCGCUGCUGCUGUUGGUGGUGCUGGUGCUUCUGGGGCUGCUGGUUUUCCUGGUGCGGGUGCUGGUUUUGGUGCUGGCUCUGCUGGCGUUGGUGGUGGUGAUUUCGGUGCGAGUGCGGGCGGCGGCGGUUGGGGCGGCGAAGUGACGCUGUUCCCCUUGGGGUUGUCGCUGCGGCCGCUGAGGGAUGGGAGAUUGGCUGGGAGACUGACCUACCAGGUGGAUUCAGUUUCGCGGGAAAUCGCAGAAGUCUUAGCGAGGCAGCUGGAGAGAUUAGCAGAGGCAGCAGUGGAGUCACCACGGCCAAUGGUGCUGGAUGAAGGGACUAUGCGGCUGUUGAAGAGAGGGGCAAGGAGAGGGGGAGGGGGAGAGGGGGGCCGAAAAGGGGGCGGAGGAGGGGGUGGAGGCAUGGUGGGGCCGAUCAGCUGCAUGCCGGUGUGCAUAGGGCGGGAUAGACGGGUGCUGACGAGGCAAGGAUCGUCGGAGUCAGAUGAGUCUGAUGUUAGCGUGUGAUGGGACCUUAGCAUUCGUGCUGUGUGAUGUUGGUGGGGAGUGGGUGGAGGCAUGGUGGGGGCGGAGGCAUGGUGGGGCCGAUCAGCUGCAUGCCGAUGUGCAUAGGGCGGGAUAGACGGGUGCUGACGAGGCAAGGAUCGUCGGAGUCAGAUGAGUCUGAUGUGAGCGUGUGAUGGGAUGUGAGUAUGUGAUGGGAUGUGAGCGUGUGAUGGGAUGUUAGCGUGUGAUGGGAUGUGAGCGUGUGAUGGGAUGUGAGCGUUUGAUGGGAUGUUAGCGUGUGAUGGGAUGUGAGCAUGUGAUGGGAUGUGAGCAUGUGAUGGGAUGUGAGCGUGUGAUGGGAUGUUAGCGUGUGAUGGGAUGUGAGCGUGUGAUGGGAUGUUAGCGUGUGAUGGGAUGUGAGCGUGUGAUGGUAUGUGAGCGUGUGAUGGGAUGUGAGCGUGUGAUGGGAUGUGAGCGUGUGAUGGGAUGUGAGCAUGUGAUGUGAUGUGAGCGUGCAAUGGGAUGUGAGCAUGUGAUGGGAUGUGAUGGAUGUGAUGUGAUGUGACUAGUGAGCAUGUUGUGGUAUGUGAUGGAUGUGAUGGGAUGUGAGCAUGUGAUGGGAUGUGAGUCACAAUCACAUGAGGUCUUGUCAGUCAAGGUUGGGUUUGAUGUGAGCAAUUGUUGAGACGCAAUGGGGGUAUUGUUUGCUAUACAGGGUUGAUGUGAUGUGGUGGGUUGGUAUGGCUAUGUAAGCCAGACGUUAUGUGUUGAAACGUGUGUAACUCAAGUGUGACUUAGAGGCGUCUGCGGCAGCAGUGUGAGUGGGUGCUAAGGUAAACUAACAUGUACGUAGCUAGUGGUAACAUUGUACGCGACAGGGAUGAUGAGGGGCAACCGGAGGGGUACAAUAAGCAUACAUCACUAAUUCCUAUACCUAAUUGCUGUAGCAUGGGAUAAGACCCACAUUUUUUUUUUACUUGCCUGCUAACUCGUUUGAAGCAACUUUUGUACUUAGGUGCAAGGGGCGAGCUUGUCACGGUCAUUUUACAUGAAUAAAGUACAUAGGCUUUC